UCAGGACACCCCAGGGCGCUCAGUAUUCUUUCUCCAGGACGCCGGCAGCGGCCAAGGCUCCGGCGGGACCAUGGCCUUGCACUUGGGCAGGCUGGGCGCAGGCCCCUGCUGGAGUGCGGCGCGGGGCGGCUGCGGAGAGCUGGGCGCCUGGUCCCGGCGCUGCGCAUCCGGACGCUUCUGCCGGCCCCCUGGCACGGCUGGUACCGAGCACAGGCGCGGGUUGGGGCACGGGCCCUCGGCUAGAGGCGGCCCCUGGCUGGGGACCGGGCUAGCCGCAGCGCUGGCGGGAUUGGCGGGGCUGACCGCUGCCGCCUUCGGGCAUGUGCAGCGCGCCGAGAUGGUGCCCAAGAGCUCGGGAGCGCGGAGCUCCUCGCCUGCGAGGCCCGAGGAAGAGGACGAGCUGGCUCGUCGCUGCAGCUGCUUCAUGGCUCCUCCUGUGACUGAUCUGCGCGAGAUGCGGAGGAGGCCAGGAGACGUGAAGACCAAGAUGGAGCUGCUGAUCUUGGAGACCCAGGCCCAGGUGUGCCAGGCGCUGGCACAGGUAGACGGGGUCGCCAGCUUCUCUGUGGACCGAUGGGAGAGGAAGGAAGGAGGUGGUGGCAUCAGCUGUGUACUUCAAGAUGGGCGUGUUUUUGAAAAGGCUGGGGUGAGCAUUUCUGUCAUUCAUGGGAAUCUUUCUGAGGAUGCAACAAAACAAAUGAGAAGCAGAGGAAAAGUUUUGAAGACUAAAGAGGGUAAAUUGCCAUUUACUGCUAUGGGUGUGAGCUCUGUUAUCCAUCCCAAGAAUCCUCAUGCUCCCACUAUCCAUUUCAACUACAGAUACUUUGAAGUAGAAGAAGCUGAUGGUAACAAGCAAUGGUGGUUUGGUGGUGGAUGUGACCUUACUCCAACAUACUUGAACCAAGAGGAUGCUGUCCAUUUUCACCGAACUCUUAAGGAGGCUUGUGACCAGCAUGGUCCAGAUCUCUACCCCAAAUUUAAAAAAUGGUGUGAUGAUUACUUCUUCAUAGCCCAUCGUGGAGAGCGGAGGGGCAUCGGUGGUAUCUUUUUUGAUGAUCUUGACUCGCCAUCCAAAGAGGAGGUAUUUCGCUUUGUGCAGAGCUGUGCCCAGGCUGUGGUUCCUUCUUACAUUCCUCUUGUGAAAAAGCACUGUGAUGACUCAUUCACCCCCCAGGAGAAGCUAUGGCAGCAGCUCAGAAGAGGACGGUAUGUAGAAUUUAAUCUGGUAUAUGAUCGAGGCACAAAGUUUGGCCUGUUAACUCCAGGAUCCAGGAUUGAAAGCAUCUUGAUGUCUUUACCUCUAACCGCCAGAUGGGAGUACAUGCAUUCACCCUCAGAAAAUUCCAAAGAAGCUGAAAUUCUGGAAGUUCUUCGCCAUCCCAGGGACUGGGUGCAUUAAUGUUUGCAGAGCAGCUGUGCUGGGGUUUGGAGGGUACAGGUGUUUGUCUCUGUCUCUUGGCCAGCACUGUUGCCACUGUGUGGCAGUUACUUACUUAGUUCCCUGUGCCUUAGUGGUCCAGUCUUCUCCACUUUGGGCCCCACCUCCUCAGCAGAUGGUAGAAUGUUUGGUUCCUGUCAAUGACAGGUGGUAAGAUGGUUGUUGUCAGAGUCAAUUGAUAUAAACUCAUUUAAUUCAUUUGUACUCUUAGAAUCAUUUUGUAUGGCUACUUUAGUAAAGUUUGACAUUGAGUUUCCAAGUUUUAAGAUAAGGGAAUAUACUAUAAUAUGCACCAGGAAACUUCUUGUCUUGUUUUUGUUUCAUAUAUUUCUUUUAUCUUCAUUAAUUCAGUGAAGGUAAGACUUCAUGGUCAUUUUAAAGUGUAUCUUGUUACUUUAUCAUUUCUGAAAUCUCGAUGUAAUUUUUAUGUAGC